AUGGGCGCCCUCAAUCGACGCUUGAGAGAUUUGGAAGGCAAUCCGCUUAUUCCAUCCCUUCCUGAGGUUCUACCAGCCAUCAAGACUCGACUUGCCAAGGCUCUUCCGAAGAUGGUGUCUCUCGUUGAGCUGUCCAUUACACAUCGUAAGGACGUCGAUAUAUCCGGCCUACGAGCGACCUUCCAGCGCCAUGAAGUUACUCUUCCCACGGUCCUACGUCUACGCAUUCUGUCACAUGGCGACUGGUCAUUCCUGGUGGAGGCCUGUCCUAACACCGAAACACUGGCUCUUGAGUACAACCUUGGUCACGAUGGUCUGAUGGAGACGGUAGCAACUCUCAAGAGAUUGAAACUUGUCGAAAUUUGCUGUGACGCGUGGCAACUGGAAGACAUACAACGCUUGCACCAGUAUUUACCAGAUCUCCAGAGCUUGGUCUUGAGAGGUGCAAUUGGCCAUGAACAGAUCAGUAGUUUCGCAACCGCUUUCGGCUUGUUUCAGAGGCUCACCAAUCUCUCCAUUACUGCCAGGCAAGAGAUCACCGAUGAAGAUGAGGAAGAGCAGUUCUCCGAUGACGAUUCAGGAGAUGGCAGCGCCGUUGGGGAUAUGUAUUGGGAACAUGAGCUCGACGAAGAGCAAAGUUUCGUAGCUAGGAGUUUCUUCGAACACUGCCAUGUACUCGAAACGCUGUCCCUGGUGCGCGUUGGCGAGACCACGCCGUGGUACCCCGUACGUGGAAACGAUGGAGCUCUCGAGUCGGUUUACUCUCCACAAAUGGACCGCCAGGCGUGGAAUGAUACCUACAUGCUGGAAAGACAGGAACACGAUGACGAGGGCUUCCCUAGGCUCUUCACCUUUCGCCGACAAACCGAGUACGAUGAAAGCUGGGAUAAUCCUAGUUAUGAGGAUCAGAGUCGUGAGGCCACGGAGCACAGGCUUAAGGAGCGAGACAGGUACUAUGCUAUCAAGCAGGAGGCUCUCGGGCUGGGCCUGUGGGAAGGAGACUCUAGAUGGCAUGGUUAA